UUUUCGAAGACCACCGUCAGGAAAUUAUUUCUUAUAGUUUCAUUACAUUAAUCCAAUAAAUUAACGAAAAUCCAUGCAACUUAUUAUGUCCCCGUAUUGUCUUAAAUAAAGAAAGUCCCCUGCCUUUUGCAUCAACUCUGUGGCUAAUGGCUCUCUCCAUUCUAAAGCUGCUGCUUCUCCUCCAGCUCCUUUCUUCAAUCUUCUUCCCUUCCAUAUUGGCUCUGAACAAAUCUUCUGCAAAUUCUCUCGACACACAUCUCUCUUCCAUAAGAAACUUCUGCAAUAGCAGACCCUACCCAGAUGCUUGUUUUGACUCGUUAAAGCUUUCAGUAUCUAUAAACAUUAACCCAAACAUCCUCACCUUUCUCCUCCAUUCUCUCCAAACUGCAAUAUCAGAGGCUGGAAAACUUACAAAUCUAUUCUCGACUGCUGGCAGGUCAAAUAUCAUUGAGAAACAAAGAGGGGCAAUCCAAGAUUGCAAAGAACUACAUCAAAUCACAUUGUCUUCUUUGCAAAGAUCAGUUUCAAGAGUCCAAGCAGGCGGCUCUGAAAAACUAGCUGAUGCAAGAGCCUAUCUUAGUGCAGCACUCACAAACAAGAACACUUGCUUAGAAGGACUAGAUUCUGCAACUGGUUCAUUGAAGCCUGUUCUAGUGAAUUCCUUGAUUAGUACAUAUAAGCAUGUGAGUAACUCUCUUUCAAUGCUCUCUAGUUCAAGUUCUAAUAAGGUUCACAAGAAUCGCCGCCUCUUAGGAUUACCAAAAUGGAUUUCGAAAAAAGAUGGUAAGACUUUGCAGAGUGAUGUUGAUGAAUAUGACCCUAGUGAAGUGCUUACAGUAGCUGCUGAUGGAACUGGGAAUUUCAGUACCAUCUCUGAUGCCAUAAAUUUUGCUCCAAAUAAUAGUUAUGACAGAGUCAUUAUCUUUAUUAGAGAAGGGGUAUACGAAGAGAAUGUAGAAAUUCCAAGCUAUAAGACAAAUAUUGUUCUGAUUGGUGAUGGAAGUGAUAUUACAUUCAUUACUGGUAGCAGAAGUGUAGAUGAUGGUUGGACCACUUUCAGAUCUGCAACUCUUGCUGUGUCUGGUGAGGGUUUCUUGGCACGGGAUAUAACCAUUGAGAACACAGCAGGACCACAGAAGCACCAAGCUGUUGCUCUUCGCAUGAAUGCAGACCUUGCAGCAAUGUAUAGAUGCACCAUUAAUGGGUACCAAGACACAUUAUAUGUGCACUCAUUUCGACAGUUUUAUCGAGAAUGUGACAUUUCUGGCACUAUAGACUACAUAUUUGGCAAUGCUGCAGUAGUUUUCCAGGCUUGCAACAUUAUAUCUAGAAACCCAUUGUCUGGCCAAUUCACUGUUAUUACUGCCCAAUCUCGAGAUAACCCUGAUGAAGAUACUGGAAUUUCGAUACAGAAUUGUUCAAUUCAGGCUACAGAUGAUUUAUACUCUAAUUCUACUAGUAAUAAAAGCUAUCUAGGCAGGCCAUGGAGGGUGUACUCUAGGACAGUCAUUCUUGAGUCAUACAUUGAUGAUUUUAUUGAUCCAACAGGGUGGACAAAUUGGUCUGGUGAUCAAGGCUUAGACACUUUAUAUUAUGGAGAGUAUAAUAAUUAUGGACCUGGUUCUGCUGUGGAUCAUAGAGUUGCUUGGCCUGGAUACCAUAUAAUGGAUGAUUAUGAUGCCUAUAACUUUACUGUAUCAUAUUUCAUCACUGGUGAUGAAUGGCUGGAUUCCACUUCAUUUCCUUAUGAUGAUGGGAUUUAAAGCAUAGGUGAUUUUCACGUCGAUAACUACAUUUCUACUUAUUAAUUGUCAAUUUGGCUGACUAAGUAGCCUAAUAUUUCCAAAGCAAAGAUUAAUGAUAGAUUCUCUUUACAUGUCA